CUCAACUUCAUGAUUUUAACAUGUCGGCACCGACUCACGCUCCUGUACCUUCGGGGCAGGCAGCUCCUUUCCUGAUCGCGAACCCUACCGACCACAGCCCUGAUAUUGUGCUUGUCGCCGCCACGGGCAUUGCGCUGAUCCUGCUCACAUUCGUCAUCCGAAUAUACAUACGCUUCAACUUUAGCGGGCCAUGGUUGGGAGAUGAUACGGUAUUUGCGUUUGCAACGGUUGUUGCGCUGGCACAAUCAUCAGUUGUAUGUGUGUCCGUCCACCAUGGGUGGGGCAGAGUCAUAGAGGGUAUUGAUCCAUUCAACUUGGUCUCGGCAGAAAAGUUGGUCUACGCUGCAGACAUUUUGUAUAUAGUCACGCUGGCUCUGUCGAAACACUCUCUCGAUCUCCUAUUUAUUCGACUUAGCCCGUACAAGAAACACUUGCAGGCGGCCAAAUGCAUUCGGUAUUUUGUUCUCGUCUGGACCAUUGCAUCCCUUGGGGCUAUCAGUCUACGAUGCCAUAUACGAAACCCGUGGACAGACAUCACAUCUGACCAAUGUCCGUCAAUGCUUGUACGGUGGCAAGUCAUAACAGCCUUCAAUAUUAUCUCAGAGGUCGCUAUAUUUGGAAUGUCUUUCUUCCUCGUUGCAGGUGUACGCAUGCCGCUGUCGCAAAAGGCCAUAGUCAUCGCGGCCUUCGGUAUCCGCCUGCCCACUAUUAUCUUUUGCGUCCUGAGGAUCCACUUCUUUUUCCGAGCGUUUUUCACCACCGAUCCCAGCUUCGACGGCGUAUUCUUCUCCGCCUGGACACAAGUCGAAAUUGCCUUCUCCGUUGUGACAGCAACAACUCCCUGCCUCAAGCCCUUCAUGUCAACAAUUAGCACAAACUGGGGCGAGCAACCGAAGACUGAAUUCACAGAUUCCAGCCCAAGCGGCAGCUAUGGCCUUCGAGAUCUCUUUGGGAAGAGCAAUAAAUCUGCGUCGAACGUUUCGCAAGGCACAUUUCACCAAAAUAAGGUGGAACCCGAACAAUUGGAGGGUCAGGAUAAUUGGAACAUAAAUUAUGAACCAGUGCACGGGAACACUAUGAAUCACAGGAUGUUACGAGGAGAUUCGGUCAGUCAUACUGCGACUGUGAUGCACGGUUUUCCGCUUGGCGACGAUGGGGUCAGUACACGGAGCAACGAUAGCCAGCAAAUGAUUAUCAGGAAGGAAAGGACGUACACGGUGGAACACGGGAUAGCACUGUAACGUGGGAGAGGCAGCCACAUUUGAUGAUUUUGGACGACAAUUUUGGAGGGUUCGUGUAUUUUAAUAGAAGGAGUUGGCGGUAUGCUGGAUUCUUGGGACUCGGAUUGGGGGCGUUUUGAGUUGUUUCGAGC